AUGGGUUACCGUGGACAGAGACGUCAUCUGAAGCGCUUGGCCGCCCCCAAGCACUGGAUGUUGGCCAAGUUGGGUGGAACGUUCGCUCCCCGCCCCACCUCCGGACCGCACAAGCUCCGCGAGUGCCUGCCUUUGAUCCUCUUCCUCCGCAACCGUCUGCGCUACGCGCUCAGCUACAACGAGGCGCGCGCCAUCUGCAAGCAGCGUCUGAUCAAGGUGGACGGCAAGGUCCGCACUGAAAUGCGCUUCCCCACCGGAUUGAUGGACGUCGUCGAGAUCGAGAAGACCAACGAGGUGUUCCGCAUGCUCUACGACACCUUGGGCCGUUUCACCGUCCACCGCAUCCACAAGUCCGAGGGGCAGUUCAAGUUGUGCAAGGUCACCAAGCAAUUCUUGAGCAAGAACGCCGUCCCAACCAUCGUCACUCAUGAUGGCCGCACCAUCCGUUACCCCGACCCCAACAUUAAGGUAUGUUUGUUUUUAUUUUGUUCGAUUUUUAGGAGAAAAUUGGGAUUUCUAUAUUAUUUAUGGUAGAAGAUUAUUUCGCAUCAAAAAACCUCUCAUUCCAGGUCAACGACACCAUCGUUUUGGACAUCAAGACCGGCAAGAUCACCGACUGGGUCAAGUUCGACGCCGGAAACCUCGCCAUGGUCACCUCAGGUCGUAACAUUGGGCGUGUUGGUAUCCUCGGACAUCGUGAGCGCCAUCCCGGAUCCUUCGACAUUGUUCACGUCAAGGACAGCGCCGGCAAUGCGUUCACCACUCGGUAAGUUUCGUUCUCGGUGAACGGGAUCUUCAUAGAGGGCCGGGGCCGCUGGGUGGCAUAACUUUCCGGUCGAGGUCGGUUUACGUUUUGCAAUUGGGGUUCGAGUGGUGGAGGGUCUUAGAUCCGGUCUGAAAUGGUCGUAAGGAUCAUAAGGGCUGUUGUGUCCAAGUUUGGAGUAUGAUUGAAGAGUUUACACUUGACUUUGGCUAGGUUUUGAUAUUGUACUAGGCCAUAAUUCGAAAUCUAGCCGGGUUUAAGAGUGUUAUCUUCGAUUUGCUUUCCAUUCUUGCGAUGAGGGAGACGUUCCACCGCUCACUCGGGCCAAUAAUCUCCUCAUUGUCUACUUUCAGCCUCCAAAACGUGUUCAUCAUCGGAAAGGGCGAACAGGCUCUGAUCUCUCUGCCCAAGGAGAAGGGUGUCCGUCCCGACCGUCAAGAACAUCGUGACCGCCAAAUCGCCCACGCUCGUGCUAGCCACUAA